AUGGAGGCUACCGAAGAAGUCCCCAUUGUGGGGAUAUGGGGGAUGGGAGGGAUUGGUAAGACAACUAUUGCCCGAGCCUUGUUUAACACAAUUGCUCAUAAGUUUGAGGGUAGUAGCUUUGCUACUGAUGUUGGAGAGAAUAGCUCUAGUAAAAAGGAUAUAUGUGUCUUACAAGAGAGGAUUCUAAAUAAUAAUUUAGGGAAGCAUCAUGGGUACAAGAUAGAGGAUCGAGAUCAGGGAGCCGAAAUGUUACAAGAAAGAUGUUGCAGAAAGAAGGUUCUUCUUGUUCUUGAUGACGUCAAUAAUGACAAGCAAUUAAAGUUCCUAGCUGCAACAGGUGAGUGGUUUGGUCCAGGGAGUAGAAUCAUCAUAACCACUAGGGAUCAACAUUUGUUAUCAUAUGCGGAUGAAAUGUACAAACCAGCUACUUCAAGUGGGGAUCAAGCUAUUGAGCUCUUUAGUAGGCAUGCUUUUAAUGAAAGCCCUACACAAGGAUACGAGGAGUUGUCAAUUCGUGCAAUUCACCAUGCUCGUGGUCUUCCUCUAGCAUUGGAAGUUUUAGGCUCAUUCUUUCAUGGACGGAAAUCAAAUGUGUGGGAAAGUGGUCUAAUUAAAGAGACUAGCCAAAACACAAGAUAA